UUAUAUAAAUACUAAUAUUUUGCUUACAAUGUAUAAGUUGGUAGUGCUCAUAUCGAUUUGUGUUGCUGGUAGUUCAGGUGACUCUCCCCGAAUUGUCAAUGGAACCCAGGCUACAUUAGGUGAAUUUCCUUACAUCGUGUCGAUUCAAAUUUUUGGAAGACACAACUGUGGUGGUUCCAUUUUAGACGCAACCCACAUUUUGACAGCUGCUCAUUGUGUACAAGGAUUUGAAGCAUAUGAAUUUUAUAUUCAAUAUGGCGUUGUGGAUCUACAGGAGACUAGAAACAGGAUCAAAGUAUCAGACAGAGUGUACCAUGCUGGAUUUAGUAAGUCCCAUGGUUUCUUUGACAUUGCUAUAUUAACAUUGGAAGAAUCUAUUGAAUUUGAUGACAAUGCUCAACCAGCGCAAUUACCUGAACCAUGGGCACUCACUCCUGAAAAUGCAUCGUCUGUUUUAGCAGGUUGGGGUUUUCAACAAACAGGUGGAAAUGUUAGUCGCCAUUUGUUGAAAGUUGAUUUAACUGUAUUCGAAGAUGAUGUCUGUGAAGCUACUUACAAUGAUACUAUGAAAACAAACAGUGAUAUUCAGUUGUGUUCUGGUGUAGUCGGAGGUGGUCGGGGACAGUGCAGUGGAGAUUCUGGUGGUCCGCUCUUUGCUGACGGUGUCCAAGUUGGCGUCGUGUCUUGGUCAUUGAAACCGUGUGCCCAAGAAGGUUUGCCUGGAGUAUUCACCAAGGUAUCGAUGUACCUUAGAUGGAUCAACAAGCAAAUUCAAAACUCUAAUUAAUAACAGAAAUAAAUCAGAUGUUACUUGGCUUUUUGUAGAUGGAGUAGGUGUGCAAAAUAAAAUAUAAUCGUACAACAGCAAAA